CACGCAACGCAUACAUUAUACAAACAAAAAACUCAUCUUUUUUGAUGACACGUCAGUUUGACGUUUUCAUUUCAGUCUCGGAACUUCGCAUACGUGUUUGGUGUGUUAUCAUUUCCUUUUGGGUUGAUUUUUCAGUUUUUUGUUUUUAAUUAUUAUUUUUUUCCUCAUUCAGUUUAAUCUGCUGCAACAAUGGCACGUCAAUUGAAAGGAAAGCCGACCAAAACGUACAAACAGAAAAAGGAACGACGAGAGGAGAAUCGUAAAAUUCAAGAGCAAUUGACCACUAUCGUUCUGCCUAUUGUCGGUGUGCUAGUGGCUGUUUUGGUUACAUACGUUUUUUUCGCUUCGAGACCAUCAUAGAGAUCCGAUGAUCUCGCGAUCCCACAUAUUGACAAUCGAAUUUAUUAAUGGAUGAUCGAUAUAUCUAUGCAAGCGUUAAGAUAAAUAUUGAACAUAGUCUACACGGCCGGUCUAUGUUUUUAAUAUCAUAAAUGGUCGUUUUCCGUCUAUAAAUAAUUUAAAGAAAAAUUAAUUAAUUAAAAUGUAAAUGCAACUUAAGAGAGUAAUUAUUUCCUGUUUCAAUUUGAAAUUGUGUACAAAAUGGAAUGUUAUUUAG